AUGGGCCCAGAAGUAGAAGCUAGCGGGCCCCUCCGACCGGAGGCCCAUGAUCGGCGGCUUGCAUGGGCCGACUGCGUGCGGCUGUACGAGGACAGCGAGGAGCGGAUCGGACGGCUGGUGAUGACGAUGGCCACCGGUCGGGAGUACGACGCUUCGGAUGCCACCACGUGGAUAAGCGGUGCCAUGACAGCGCAUGCCACGUGCGUGGAGGGACUGCUGCUGCAACGGAGGAACACAUCAUUCUUACCGCCGCCGCCGCCGCCGCCGCCGCCACCGCAACAGCAACUUCGAGAUGUUCUCAAAAAGGCGCUUUACUUGCACGUCACAGGGACCCAAAAGGAAAUGCACGGACCGUCCGAUCGGAAACCAACGGCCGAUAACGCAGGACUACUCGCGGCACGAAAUGCAUCCAUGAGUAGAAGUGAUGCAGAUAUGGUUGUUGCUCAGGAUGGUUCAGGGAACUACAAAACUAUCGGUGAAGCCGUCGACGCGCUUCGCGGGUGGCGUCGACGGAGAGGCAACGACCGAGUAGUGGUCUAUGUGAAGUCCGGAACGUACAAGGAGAAUGUCGAGAUCGAUCGGCACAUGAAGAACGUGAUGUUCAUCGGAGACGGCAUCGACAGGACAGUCGUCACCGGCGACCGCAACGUGCCUGAUGGUUACACUACCUUCAGCUCGGCCACAUUUGGCGUUUCCGGCGAUGGAUUCUGGGCAAGGGACAUGACAUUCGAGAACAGCGCUGGACCAGAAAAGCACCAGGCAGUGGCCCUAAUGGUCGCCUCCGACCGCGCCGCGUUCUACCGGUGCAGCUUCCGCGGAUACCAAGACACGCUCUUCGUCCACUCGCAGCGCCAGUUCUACCGCGAAUGCCAUGUCUACGGCACGGUCGACUUCGUAUUCGGCAAUGCCGCGGCGGUCCUGCAGGACUGCGACAUCUAUGUGAGGAAACCAAUGCCCCGCCAGUCGAACGUGAUCACCGCGCAGGGCAGAGACGACCCAAGCCAGAACACCGGCAUAUCGAUCCACGCGUGCCGCGUGAGGCCCGCGGGGGACUUCACGGCAGUGAAGGGGUCGUAUAAAAGUUAUUUAGGGCGGCCGUGGAAGGAGUUCUCGCGGACGGUGGUCAUGAAGACGGAUAUCGACGGUCUGGUGCACCCGGAAGGGUGGGCGAGGUGGGAGGGGGAGUUUGCGAUCGGCACGCUGUACUACGCAGAGUACAUGAACACCGGAGACGGCGCGUCGACGGAGAUGAGAGUGAAGUGGCCUGGGUUUCAUGUGCUGCAGCAGGCAAGUGAUGCAGCCCCAUUCAGUGUGGAGAGGUUCAUAGAUGGCAAGUUGUGGAUCCCUGAAUCUGGUGUGCCCUUCUGGCUUGGAGUAUAG